UAAACGUCAAAACGCAUCCCACCGAACGAAGAACUGUGUUUAGAAAAGUUAAAUACAAGCGCAAUUAGGAAGUAGCUUUGCCAAUUUUUGUUUUUAUUCAACAAUUCUGAGAAAUAGAAGUGAAAUCCACUAAACAUUGAUUAGGUAUUACCCUAGCUUAUUCACAAUGAAAUUAGUAAGAUUCCUGAUGAAGUUGAGUCAUGAGACGGUGACGAUUGAAUUGAAGAACGGAACACAAGUACACGGAACCAUAACCGGUGUGGACGUAGCCAUGAACACUCAUCUGAAGGCAGUCAAAAUGACUAUCAAGAAUCGGGAUCCAGUGCAGCUUGAUUCGCUCAGUAUUCGUGGAAAUAACAUCCGCUACUACAUACUGCCGGACAGUUUGCCCUUGGAGACACUGCUGAUCGAUGAUGCCCCAAAAACAAGAGCCAAGAAAAGGGAUGCGAAUCGUGGUGGACAGCGAGGUCGUGGCAGAGGGACCAGAGGUGGCCGCGGUGGUCCACGAGGGGGUCGUGGCGGACCAAGAGGACGUGGCAGGCGUUGAUCGUUGGGAAAUCGAAUCCUUUUUUCCUGUCAAUCAUUGCGCAACCGACUCAAAUUAGAUGUAAGAACUGAAAAACCUGAACAUUGCAUUUCCAUACGAUCUGUAUGAACUUGAACUGCGAAGUGUAAUAGGGAAUAAAAUGUCGAAGUUAAGAAACGUA